CCAAAGUUAAUCUCCCUCAAGCUUAGGCAUUUGGUAGAGUUGAAGUGCAUCUACACGGGAAUGCAUGCUUUACAAUGGUCGGCAUUGAAGACCUUGGAGGUCCAUGGUUGUAACAAAGUGGAGAUAUUUGCUUCGCAACUUGAGAGUGAGAUGACACUUGAUAAACAGCCGCUUUUCUUGAUAGAAAAGGGCACAUUACCUAAUCUCCAAAAGUUAAAAUUGGAUUUAUCCAAACGGAUGGAGAUAUGGCAUGGACAUUUUCAUGAUGAAGAUUUCUUCCACAAGCUUAGAGUACUUGAGCUUCAUCAUCUCUCCAAGGAAACUCCAAUGUCCACAUAUCAUUUUCUUGAGAGCUUAACCAACUUGGAAAAGUUAGUUAUAUGUGAAUUCUAUCUAGAAAAGCCAAGUAGCAAUGAGGUGGCCAUAGAAGGCACAAGUCACGAGCUAAAAGUGGCAUUACCCUUUUUAGGAUAUAUACGACAUCUGCAGAUCCUAUACAUGUCACAUUUUGAUGGCUUAUCAAAUUUGUUCACAAUGAUAAUAGCUGAAAAUUUGGUGGCACUCACAAAAUUGAGGAUAAGUAAUUGUGAAACAUUGACAAAAGUCAUUAGCGAUGAGGAAGGUGAGGAGGGGCAUGUAGUGGCUUUCAAUCAAUUGAAGUACAUGGAGCUUGACGGGUUGACAAAUUUGAGAUGCUUCAGCUUAGGUGGGUACACUUUGAUAUUCCCUCUCUUGGAAGAUGUCAUUGUGAGUAAUUGUCCCAACAUGAAGUUUUUCUCCAAAGGACCAAUAGAGACACCAAAGCUAGAGAGAGUACAAGUAGAGUUGAAGGGAUUGUAUAGACCAACAAGCACCAGUAUUUUUGGGAGGGAAACCUCAACAUCACCAUUGAAAAUAUGAGUAAAGAAAUGGUCAAGGUUGUUGGGAUUAAGUUUAUGCGGUUAUUUGAGUUCCCCGAGUUGAUUAGAAAAUGGCAUAGCGAAUUGAAUCCCCUCAAGUCAUAUUGGCAAUUACAAACACUAAUUGUGGAUAAAUGUCCAUCAUUUAUUAAUGUUAUUCCAUCCAAAUUGAUGCUUGCUUUAGAAGAAAUGAGAAGCUUGCAAGUGGGCAAUUGCGAGUCUUUGGAAGAAAUAUUUGAUCUUGAGGGGCUUGAUCCUGACAAAAGCACUCAAGUGUUGCCUGGGCUAUGGAAUAUAAAUUUGAUUAAUUUACCAAAGUUGAGGCAAUUAUGGAACAAAGAUCUCCAAGGGAUGAUGUGCUUCAAUUCUCUAUAUUCUCUAACCCUCUAUAAAUGCAACAACUUGAGACACGUUUUUGUUUCAUCGAUGGCUCGGUGCCUUGCUAAUAUACGGAGGAUGAAAAUAAAGGGGUGUGGUCAGAUGGAAGGAGUGAUCAAAGAUGAAGAAGGACUGGGAAGUGCAGUAGAGAAGAUUACAUUCUUGAAGCUUACAUCGAUACAACUGAAACACUUGCCCAAUUUAACUAGUUUCUUAUCAGGGAAGAAUCCUACACUGGAUUGUCCUAAAAUGGAAUAUCUUAACAUUGCCCAUUGCCCCCAAAUGAGAAGUUUAACUUGGCAGUCUUCAGUGGAUAUUGACCAUGGCACCUCUUCACUUUUCACUCCACAGGUACAAUUUCCUCAACUUAAGUCAAUCGUUAUCUCCCAUAUGGACAAUCUAAGCAAUAUAUGGACCGCCAGUCCUCAAGAAACUCUCACGUUUGACUGUUUACAAAUAGUGCAUGCCUGGAACUGUAAGAGCCUCAAACAUCUAUUUCCACAUUGGGUGGCUACAAGUCUGACCCAACUUAUGCGACUUGAAGUGGAGUCUUGUGUGAUCGAGAGAAUAGUCUCUUGUGGAGAUGACACUCCACACUUUAACAUUGCUCAAGUUCUUUCCCCGAAACUAACCUCCCUAUAUUUACAUGAUAUGCCACAAUUCCAGAGCUCUUGUCCUAACUUGCCCACUUUGAAUUGGCCAGUCUUGAAGGAACUAUAUGUGACUCACUGUGACAAACUAAACAUGUUGUCCUUUGCAACAUCCAUGAACAGUUGGGUUCAAAGAGAUGAUCAACAGGACCUUUUAGACCAAGAAGCACACUCUUCAUUUGAGAGGGACUUUCCCAUGUUAGAAAGACUUUCAUUAGACGAUAAAAAUAUUCAGAUGAUACAAGAUGGAAAAUUUCCCAAAAACUUCUUUGGCAAGCCAGAAGCACUAACAUUGGCAUGCUUUCAUGAUGAAAAGGCCAUUUUUCCUCUCAAAUUCCUCCUAGAGAGAUUUCAGAAUCUACAAAGUCUUGUGAUCUUCUGUAGCUCCUUUGAAGAAAUAUUCCCUGAUGAAUGGCUUGUUGACGAGGGAAAACAUUCAGUGCUUGGAAAUUUAAGAGAACUUAAGUUAAACAAGCUACACAACCUAAAGAGUGUGUGGAGAGAAGACUCUUUAAUGUCAAAAAUUCUUCAGCGCAUUGAGACAUUUGAGGUUUGGGAUUGUCCCUGUUUGACAACAAUAUUUCCGACUGUGACAUCCUUCCAAAAUCUAACGAAGUUAGUGGUGAAAAAUUCCUCUGGAUUGGUACAUCUAGUAACAGCUUCAAUAGUCACAAAUUUGGUGAAUCUUACUUGGAUGACUAUAAUAGGAUGUGAAAGAAUGAAAGAAGUAGUGGCCAACGAUGGAAACGGAGAAGGAAAAGUGAUUUCUUUUGGGAAGCUAAGCCAGUUGACACUCCAACAUUUGCCAAGUCUAGAAUGCUUCUCUUCCAUCCCGAGUUGCAUCUUCAAGUUCCCAUCAUUGUCUAGUAUUACAGUGAAUGACUGCCCGAAAAUGAAGACCUUUUCUAAGGGUACACUAAGCAACCAGAGACCAUGGUUUGUGUCAUUGUUCGGAUACUACAUGCUAGAGGAGUGGGGGGAGGUUGUUGAUCUCAAUACAACCAUACAAAAGUUAUCAGCAUAAAGGAAUUCACGUAGACCCGGAAGCAAAGAGGGGCUCCUUCUCCUUCUCGACGCCAGAGGCCGUCUCUCUCUCUCUCUCUCCAUCGGGAGCGGGAGCGAAAAUGGGGGAACUUGAAGUGAGCACAGAAGUCUGGACAGUUAAGUCCUCCACUUGAACCCGGCAAACUCGGAGGACCAAACAGUUAGCAGAUUGAGGCAUCCUGAGCUGGUUUUUUUUUUUGUCCCCAUAUCCAAGUCCUCUCACUGCUCUUAAAUAGGCCAACAAAUUUUAAACGGAGCAUCCUGGGUAUGGCUUAUAAAACGGAGAGGGAGGUCACGGGGGAUGAUCCCGAUCUUGGCGUUCCACGCCCUGAGCGAGUACUACUGGCUCGAGCGGAAGCCCCCUGUCACGGCCGGCCUCCUCGCCGCCAACACCCUCGCCUACCUGCGGCCCAGCCCCCUCAACGCCCUUCUCCCCACCAUCGACCGAGUCUGGUUCAACCCUCACCUCAUCCUCAAGUUGGUUUUCAACCACGUAAAUGGGGAGACUGCUCCUGUUCAAUUCAUUAGGCAACUUAUUCAGGAAAACAACAAAUUGCAACUCUCAAGUAUUCAGACAGGUCGUGGACAGUGAAGCUCGGGAGCCAUGGACAUGGAUGGCGGGGGGCAUUUUUUUUCUUCUGGUUAGCCCACAUUUGCCAGAGAAGCUCGUCUGCAUGUAGGAGAUGUUUGUGUGUUCGAGCUCAUCGAUAGCGAGGAUGUGUGUUCAGAGUCUACAUUUCCACUAGUGCUGGUUGGACUAAACAAUCUAAAUGUCAGGUGUCCCCUCAUGAGCAAGCUUUGCAUGGUCCCACGUCUCCGCAGCCUCCCUCUGCUCUUGAAAAAACUGGAAAAUUUGAAUUGGAGUAUCCAUUUUAGAAAUUGGUGAUGUGGCCACUAUUAUUAAGGAAAGAACUGUGGUGUAAAGAAGAUUACUAUUAUUCAUAAACUAAGAGGAUGUGGUGGAGAUGAUCAGUGUUAGCAACUCUUGAAGCUUUGCCACGAGAGUUCAAAAAUUAUGUACGCUAUUGUAGAGUCUACAAGCACUGUAUUGUGAAAUUUUAACUUUAAGUUGUAGGUUGGGAUUGAAGACUUCUAUUACCCAGUCAAGACUGUUAAUUAAAUUACCUGAAACUAGUAAAUGGUAGCAUAUAUUUACAUUUUGUUUGCCUUUUCUGUCUAUUGUUUGUUUGUAUUUAUUCUUUUCCUCAUCAUACUAUAUUGGCAGUGUGCCUUGUGAAUUCAUAACGAGACAUUUAGAAGAACUAGCAAAUUCCAACUCUUAGGUAUUUGAACAAAUCAUGGCUGGUGCAGCUCAAGACCUAUCAACUCCAUUAUCUAGCUGGUUGGCCUGCGUUUGUGAGAGAAGCUUGUCUAUAUAAAGGGGAUGUUUGUGUGUUUGAGCUCAUUGAAGGGACGAUUUUACGGUCAGUCUCCAUCUCCAAUUAUGCUAGUAAGGACCUCAUCUAGGUCGAUUGAGAUGAACAUUGGAAGCGUUACUUGAAAGUCAGAAUAGACAGUCUAAAAAUGUCCAAUGAGCCCUUCUGUGCAACUUUUUCAUGGUUCCAAGUGUCAGAGACUGCUCACUACCCUUGAGAAAGCUAGAUAAUUCAAAUGAGAAUAUCCCUUUUCUUUCUUAAGCAAGAGGUGGCGGCUUGGGAAGAAGAGGUGGCACAAAAUGUCCAGCUUGAGCCUUAACUACUGCAUCAGGCCUAGGCUUGGGAUGACUGAGCUCACUGCAACAGCAUAGCAACACUUACGAGAGCUACUAUUGCAAGCAGGUUCAAACUUGAGAUUGGAAAUGAAGGGAAGGUAGUGCGGCCUUAGAACUCAAAAAUUAGUCCCACCACCUCGAUGCUAUGAAAAGAAGCAAAGGUGAUUGCCAGGGAAAAGAAAGUAAUUCCUUUUUGUGUAUUUGUAUCCAUCUAGGAGCCUAGGUGCAGCUUUACAUGUUUGUUCAAUGCAUAUCGCAAUGCAAGAGUGGUGACUUGGAUAUUCACCUGAUCCAUGCAUGUCUCUAUAUUGAUUACACAUACUUAUUGUGAAGUCUUAGAAAGCAUAGGAUCGCGAUACUUUGAUUUCAUAUUGCAAUUUGUGAUUAGAGACUAGCUCAUCAAACCAUUUAGACUGCUAAUAUGGACUCUGGAAACUAGCAAGUACUAGCAUAAAUGCACAUCUUGUAGGCCUUUUCUGUUCA